AUGCCACAGCUGCAACGCAACUCGGCCCAGCUGGCAUUGCAAACUCCAGAAAUAUUAACACACAUAUUGGCAUUUACAGACGACCCAUUUAUUUUUUCAAAAACUGACCGUUCAACAUUGACCAUAUCACGAAAUAGCAAUUGGAUCAUCAAGUGGGUAUACAACCAUCCUGACCAGGUCCUCAAAUGGGGACAAGAUUUUAUACAAGGAUACACACCACCCGUAUUCAAACUCGACUGGGUGGUUGCCGUUGAAAGCAUGAGAAAGCCUGUAGGACUAGGAAAAGUCGCGAAGCUAUUUGUGAAAGGCGGCAGUCGAAUGUGUGGAAAAGUGUGCGCUGCUGCGUUUGAUAUUCCCUGCAAAACUCUUAAUGGAAAAUUUAUUUUCAAUCUCAACAAUGAAACCAUUAAAGUAGAGGGUGAUGCUGCCUUGGGUGCGACCUGGAGAGCAAAAAUAGUCAACAACUCGAGCUUGAUUCAGCAAUUCACUUGUCUUCAACAAACCCUUUGGAUCGUGUGUGCCUAUCUUGGUGCUGUAGAAGUUCUUGAGCAAAUAUUCAAUCUUCAAACCCGAUCCUCAACUCCAACCUCUUUGACUUUAUUCAAAAACUUUCAAAUAGCGACUUCAUUGGAUUUACUCAAACCAACUGCGUUUGCUGCAGUUCAGUAUAUAAAAUCCCCAAAUCCAUCGUUUUUGAAAUCCAUCGUGUCGCUGAUUCCUGCACCAACUGAAACUUUAAAAGACUUGCAUUAUUUUUCCAUGCGGGUGGGCCAUGUUCCAAACGUUCAAUGUCUUAUUGAGCAAUUCAAAUAUCAACUUGACUCGCAUGUUGUACAUCUUCUCAAUUACGCUCAACAAAACAAAAACAUCGCAUUGAUUGAUUACAUUCUUACGUGCAAGAUCAUUUCAGAGGAUGUGGCAGAAGCUGUUGAAAGUUGGAGACACGCAUUGGCAAUUCAAAACAAUGGAGAUAACACUGAAUCGAUCGAACAAAUUAUUCAGUUGCUAAGUACACGAAUGCAUAAAUGUAUUACUACAAUUCAGUCUGGAGCCGUGCCGGGAUUACCAAUGGCUACCACUGGAAGCACACAUACUGACUCUAGCCUAAAAACAACGACUUAUCAGCGUAUAGAAGUUCUUUCUGCGCAUUGGAAAGCUUUGCUUGAAAUUGCUUGUGCCAAGGGACAUAUACUUCUUGUGCAGGGAUUGCUCAAAAUGGCACUGGAUCCAGAGAUUGCACUUUACAGACUUGAAAUCACGGUAAAAAUGAUUGCAGUGGCAUUGAACGGUGAAUAUGAAAAUAUUGUGGAUGCGUUGGUGGAUAGUAUUCCUAGAGGAUAUGGCAUGUCGCGACGGGUUAGUGCAUUGAGUUCAUUGAUGACGGCUCAAAAUGGAACUACAGGUGGAACUAAACUAGCCGUGAAUGCCAUCAAUAACAAUAGUCUUGUCACGACACUAGGAAUUCAGUCAGCUUUCGACAAGGCUGGGUUAGAAUUGUUGGGAAAUCUACCACUUGGUCGGACUGAGCGUCGCCAGGAACUCAUGUUUAGAUACUGUAGUUUUUCUGAUCUCAAACUAUUUCAAGCCAUUUUUCCCAGCUACUAUAUUUCGGAAUUUUCAACGUGGGUCGAAUCGGUCAAGGUCCACCGGAUUGAAAUGAUUACAUUUUUGUUAUCGUCAGGGUUUUCUGGCAGUAAAUCAGAUGCAUCUGCAAAAAAACAGUCAUUACAAGACACUCAGAAUUUGAAAGUAGGCGAACCAGCUAAAGCGGUUGAGCGUGUCACGCCUUUUUACAUUCGCAACGAUUGCAUUUGGGCAGCAUUUCAGUCGGGAUUGAUCGAGAUUGCUCAGGUAUUGCAAUCAGCCGGCGGAAAUCUUGGAUGGAUGGAAGAGCUAUCCCAAGAGAAUCAACAACCAUCAUUGGAGACUCAAGAAUAUUCACAGCAUAUAGGCUCUACGUCUCGAUAUCCCUCCACAACGCCAAAACGAACCAUGCCUGCUUCUGCUUUGGCCGUGUUUUCAGCAUAUGGAGGGCAGACUGAUACAAUGGAUCCAAGAGCUAUAGCGGCCAUGUCUAAAUGUGGAGAUAUAUCAGCACCAGGAACACCAAGUAUUCGAGACCUUCUCAAAGCAAGUGACGAACACUUGUCAAGCAUGACAGGUUUAGAUCGUCUUGCAGCCGCGCUGGCUACUGCAUCUUCAAGCUCGAUUGGAAGCAUAUCUGCUCGCACUUCAUCAACUUGCUCGUCGCGCGAUGGUGGGUUUUCAUCAAAGCGAAGCUCAUUGCUGCUCAAAACCAUGCAUAAUGCACCUAUUUCUGGAACUGAGGAUCUGACAUGGAAUGCAUACUUGGCAGGAAACGCUGAUGAAUCAAACUAUGCGCUAUCAUGGAUGGAGCCACGAACUAUAGCACCAUCUCCUCUGUAUAACCUGUUGAGUAAUAGUAGCGGAGGGCUAGGAUUACGAGCAGCGCUUGCUGCAACACGCAAUGGACACGAAAGAAAAUCUACUGGGGGUGUGUAUGCAGGAGGACGAUCUGGAAGUAUGACCACAGGUGGAGGUAGUAUUGAAGGCAGUAUAAACGGAUCAGUGAAUUUCAAUGGUAAUACAAUGGCAGAUGCUGUGGAUGCAUACACAGUCUAUGCAGCUCUGGGAGGAGAGCUCUACUAA